CUCAGGCUGUUGCUGCAGUGCCUGUUCGGAGCAGGAGCUGCUGAGCAGAUUCACCCUCAGUUGGGAGGAAGUUCUCAGAUGCUUUGCGAAUUGUUCUGCUCUGGUUUUUUGGGCUGAGAAGGUCUUUUUUCAUUUUCGGGUGGAAAUAAUCAGUAUUUUCAGUAACUUUGUCAGUUUUCCGAUGUUGGAUUGUCUGCGUUCCCUCUUGUUGACAUUUUCAACUUUCUUUAACGGAGGGCAUUGGAGAAAGGGUUCUCCACGAAACUCCGAGAGCUCACAGCGGCGUUGAGCGUAGUGUUCUAGACGUUCCUGGACUUUUACCAACAUUGGAAGUGAAUUGUUGGAAUUCAAGAUUAUUCCCGGAUUGUUCCUAGAAUAGCGGUGCAUUUCAGAGUGAUUUUCCAGCAUUUUAUGGGUUCUGUUGUUUCUACAGUAUUACUGACUGGCUGGCGUUUGUCACUACAUUCUACCAAAGUUGUCCCAAAUUGAUGUCAGACUUACUUUAGUAUAUACACUACUGGCGUUCAUUCAUUGGUUCUAUGCUACUACAACAUUGGCAAUUGCUGUUGUCCCUUCAUUGUCACUAAAUUAUUACUAGAUUGACAAUUGCUGACGUUCCUUCGUUGGUUCUACGUUAUUACUAGUUUGACAAUUGCUGACGUUCCUUUGUUGGUUCUAUGCUGUUACAGCAUUGGAAAUUGCUGUCGUUCCUUCGUUGGGUCUACAUUAUUACUAGAUUGACAAUUGCUGACGUUCCUUUGAAGGUUCUACAUUACUAUUACAUUCGCAAUUACUGGCGUUCUUUCAUUAGCUCUACAUUACUAAAUUGACAAUUGCUGACAUUCGUACGUUGGUUCUACGUUAUUACUCCAUUGACAAUUACUGACGCCCCUUCAUUGGUUCUACAUUAGUACUGAAUUAACACCUGCUGUCGUUCUGUCAUUGGUUCUACGUUAUUACUACACUGACAGUUGCUGUUCUGUUGUUGGUUCUACGUUAUUACUACACUGACAGUUGCUGUUCUGUUGUUGGUUCUACGUUAUUACUACAUUGACAAUUGCUGUCAUUCCUUCAUUGGUUCUACAUUUGCACUAAAUUAACAACUGCUGUCGUUCUGUCGUUGGUUCUACAUGAUUACUACACUGACAGUUGCUGUGGUUCCUUCAUUAGUCGUACGUAACUAAUUCAUUGAGAUUGCAUUGCUUCUGCGUCGCCCUAGUGUCUCGUGAUGAGCGUUCCCAUACUGAAGAUUGGCAUGGUCCUUAGCACCAUGGCCAUGGUCACCAACUGGAUGUCCCAGACGCUGCCCUCACUGGUGGGACUCAACCAAACCCUGGCACGACCUGGCACCUCCGAGAAGAUCAUCAGCGCGUUGUACCCAGGGCAGGAUGAAGGUUGGCAGGUUUUCGGCUCCGUGUCAGAUGCGGAAGGGAAGUGCGUGUGUACUCUACUCGCCCCCCCACAGAACCUCUGCCGAAAAGACCCACGACACACACGCCUACGCCAGCUCACAGAGCAUGUCCAGAAUGUGUCUCAGUAUUUGGAGGUGUUGCAUCUGCGGACGUCUCGAGAUCUUCAGUACAUCAGAGAGUCAGAGCAGCGAGUGAAUUUGGUGGAGCGGAGAGUUAAAGCAGCUCACAGUAACCCUCACAGCCUCACAGCCAAAAGCCUACAGGAUCUGAAGCGGAAUGUGAAUGAAUGUCUCCCCCUGCUGGCAGUUAUUGCUCAGUACAGCGCAGAUGCAGGCCAGCUGGAGUACCUGCGGCAGGAAGUGGAGAGAUUAAGCUCCGCCCUCAUUCUCCUGCAGGAGCAGCUGGAGGCGUAUGACUACAGCCAAUUACAGCACAGAGCCAUCCUGCUGGAGAAUAGACUACACACCUGCAUCAACACACUCGGUUGUGGUAAGCUGACAGGAAUCAGUUACCCUGUCACCAUCAGGUCUUUUGGUUCCCGAUUUGGCUCGUGGAUGAUGGACAGCAUGAUUCCCAGCUCUGAUAACCGAGUCUGGUCGAUGGAUGGAUACUUUAAGGGCAGGCGUGUGUUAGAAUACAGAUCGCUCAACGACUUCACCAAAGGCCAGAACUUUGUGGUGCAUCAGCUUCCUCAUCCGUGGGCAGGUACAGGUCAUGUGGUUUAUAACGGUUCUCUGUACUAUAACAAACACCAGACCAACAUCAUCGUCCAGUACCACCUGCACUCCCGGACCGUUUUGAUGCAGCGUAACCUGGGCCAGGCUGGCUACAACAACACCUUCCCCUAUUCCUGGGGUGGAUCGUCUGAUAUCGAUCUCAUGGCUGACGAGACCGGGCUGUGGGCGGUUUACACCACCAUUCCCAAUGGGGGGAACAUGGUGGUGAGCCGUCUGGACCCUGUAACCCUGGAGGUGGUGAAGUCCUGGGACACAGGGUUCCCUAAACGAAGCGCUGGAGAGGCAUUCCUGAUCUGUGGGACUCUUUACGUCACCAACUCCCACCUGGCCGGAGCCAAAGUCCACUUUGCGUACCACACGAACACAUCUUCAUACGAAUACACAGACAUUCCCUUCCAUAACCAGUACUCGCACAUCUCCAUGCUGGACUACAACCCUAGAGAGCGGGCGCUCUAUACGUGGAACAAUGGCCACCAGGUGCUGUAUAACGUCACGCUCUUCCACCUGAUCAAAAGCAUUGCGGACACCUAGACACCAAACCCAACGAGAAGCCAAAGAACGAGGAGAAAACUAAAGGAUUAGGGAUGUCCUGGUCCGAUCUGAACAAUCAGAACCAGAGGUGAUCAUGAGAAAUUUUCAUUUUAUCUUACCAGCUAUGUUCAGUCCUGUUCCCUUCCUUAAACCCGUAGAUGUAAAGUUAUCAAAUGUGGUUUUGCUAUACAUUCAGUUUUAGUACUGAUCAAAAGUCAGAAAGUCCCCUUCAUUUAUUUAAUGUCCAGUUAAAAUGGUACAAGUUCUUCUUCAGGAGAUGUUUGUUAGAAAGGAUUAAGAGAAAAUUUGGCUCUUAGCAACCACCUGGAAGACCUGGUAGACACCAAAACU